AUGAGUUGUAACGUGCUGUGUGUUUCUGCUGGUCAGAGCGAGCACUUCUCCUUCCUGGGAGUGAACAACCAGUCCAACCUGAGCGACAUGCGCUGUCGGACCACCUUCUACACGGCACUGGGACGCCUGCUAAUGGUCGACCUCGGUGAGGACGAGGACCAGUUUGAACAGUUCAUGCUGCCUCUGACGGCUGCGUUUGAAACCGUGGCCCAGAUGCUGAGUACGAACACCUUCAACGAACAGGAAGCCAAGAGGACUCUGGUGGGUUUGGUCCGAGACCUGCGAGGCAUCGCGUUCGCCUUCAACGCCAAGACCAGCUUCAUGAUGCUCUUCGACUGGAUAUAUCCGGCCUACAUGCCCAUCCUGCAGCGAGCCAUAGAGCUCUGGUACCACGACCCAGCAUGCACCACGCCUGUCCUCAAACUCAUGGCCGAGCUGGUUCACAACAGAUCCCAGAGGCUGCAGUUCGACGUGUCGUCGCCCAACGGCAUCCUGCUGUUCAGGGAAACCAGCAAGAUGAUCACAACCUACGGGAACCGUAUCCUGACGCUGGGAGAAGUCCCGAAGGACCAGGUGUACGGCGUGAAGCUGAAGGGCGUCAGCGUCUGCUUCGCCAUGCUGAAGGCGGUGCUCAGCGGGAACUACGUCAACUUCGGCGUCUUCCGUCUCUACGGCGACGACGCUCUGGACAACGCCUUACAGACCUUCAUCAAACUGCUGCUGUCCAUCCCUCACAGUGACUUACUCGACUACCCCAAACUCAGCCAGUCCUUCUACUCUCUGCUGGAGGUGCUGACUCAGGACCACAUGAACUUCAUCGCCAGCCUGGAGCCGCACGUUGUCAUGUACAUCCUGUCGUCAAUAUCAGAGGGGCUCACCGCGCUCGGUAAGAGGACUCUGGGGAGUGUGCCCUUGGUGGUGGUUGAGGAGAGUGCCCUUGGUGGUUGGGAGUGUAGCCGUGGUGGUUGA